AUGACCGAAAGCGCUCGAUGGGAGUAUGCCAAUAAGAUCUGUCCCGGUACAGGUAGUGUCGGCGCCCGGAGCGUGUUUGCGAUCCUCACUCUUCUAGGAAACAUUAACGAAAUCAUCGAGUUCCUCAAUAACGGGCUGACGGAUACAGCCCUUCCCUUCGUUCGAAAUACGACAGUGAACGAGGUCAACGGGAGACUUUUCCCCCAGGGCUUGUCCGACCAAACGCUGGAGAACUGGCAUUUUGGAAGUCAAUGGCAGCUCAAAGACUGGACGGCCUUUGACGCAUUUCAGAAAAGAAUGGGCUCACCAUUUUUCGUGCUUCAGAGAGAUCAAGAUUUGAUACCGCACUACGAAUUAGAGAAGCAUACUGUUCUUCCAUUCACCACAGAUGAAGGUCCUGAAGAGAAAUCCUGGUUCAGCAAAGUACGUCGGGUACAGAUACACAGAGGCCAUCGUACCAUCGCAAAGAAUGAGACUGAGAGAAAUCCGUACUUUGCAGUCAAGGAACUAUUGCGAAUAGAACAGAAAGAGAAGACAUCUGACCAGAUUAUCAACCUCCCCGAAGAGGUUCGGGCUCUGACGAAAACGCUCGGUCACUCUAGCCACGAUCAUGUUGUCCAGUUACUGGCUACCUGGAGACAAGGAGAAAGGUGGAGCAUGCUGUUCCCAUGGGCUAAAUGCAAUCUCAAAGAUUACUGGCGCAACACUGAACCGAAGAACACUCCAGAGUUUGUCCAAUGGAUAGCGACACAGUGCCGCGGUAUCGCACAAGGCCUACAAAAGAUACACAGAAAGCCUUCGAAUCAUGCUCAGGACUUUGGCAUACAUGGAGAUAUCAAACCAGAAAAUCUACUGCUGUUUGAGUCACCAAGGUACCCUGAAGGCAUACUCGUAAUCAGUGAUUUCGGGUUCACUCGCUUUCACUGCCGAGACACCCGCUCGAACACGUCGUUCAUCGGUUGGAGUCCGACACAUUGUGCUCCUGAAGUGCAAUUGGGCAAGAAAAUUUCUAGGUCAUACGACAUCUGGACCUUGGGUUGUGUAUACGUCGAGUUCGCAACGUGGUAUCUUACCGGCUCAAAGGGUGUGGGGGAUGAGUUCGUCCGGCGGAGACUCCAGGACGACCAAGUGGGUCCCUCGGGUAUCAGAUACGACAAGUUCUUUAACGUACACUUGACGAGUGAAGGCAGGCAGAAGCCAGAAUUGAAGGAUUCUGUUCAGAAAGAUUUCCUCUGCUUUAUACUUGACCGUAUGCUCCGUGUUGACUCAAAAAGUCGAGCUGGAUCAGAUCAAGUCGCUGCGGAGCUCAAGGCCUUAGAGCUAUUGUGUUCGAACAACAACACUGAAUAUCUAUCUCGCCAACAUUCGCCUCGAUUGAGCGCAUCAUCCUCGUCGCAGACAUCUUUCCUCGAAGAUCAAUCAGCGAGGUCUGAGUCAUUCAAUGUAAAUGCAUGCACGCCUCAGACGUUCCAAACUUGGUGCUCUCAAAGCGACUUCGGAUCCGAUCAUCCAGUGAAAGAAGCUGACCGAAGAAGAUCCAUCGUCAACAUGGACGAGGUCAUGGCGAUGGGAAUGGCAACCUUUUCGGAAACUAUUUCAAAUAUGCCCCAAAUCGGUGGGGAAGACGUCAUUCCGGAAGUUCCUCAGAGUGUGGUUACCAUGCAGUGCAAGUGCCGCCAUGCCGGAGUCAAGGUUCCUACAUUGACAGCGAUGGAAGACAAUUACGCCAUAGCCUUGUCUCCGAUGUACAACAGACUAAAACGAUGUCUCUAG